UUUUGUGUUUGUGGACAGAGCCCAGGACCAGCUUGCUUAGGGGGCUCCUCCAGGUUUAUUUCUCUGUGGGUGAUGGCUUUAAGGAAGGUUUGGGAAUUGCUUCCCUUAAGGUGGUUGUAGAAUUUAACGGCUCUUUUCUGGAUUUAGAUAAUUAGCGGCCCUAAUUCUUCUCUGCGUGCAUUAUUUUGUGUUUUACGUGAAAUGUAUAUAUAUAUUGAAGAGAAAUGCCUUGGCGGCCGCGGUGCAUCUUUGAAAUAGUCCAAAAACCCGCGACCAAUACAUUUUAACCCGCGACAUUGUUUUCAAAGUUGUCCAAUGACAGGAAAAUCACGAACAUGGCAACACUGCUGCGCUGCGUGAGCUUACCCGGAAGUGUAUGUCAGCAAACGUGUAAUGUUUAUAAUUUUCUAACGUGGUUUGUCGAUGAGGUAACACACAACUCAACAUCUUCAUUUACCGUUUUUGAUUACUAAUAAUGCACCUUGUCAUUUAAGCUACAGUUUUCCAACACGUUUACCGCUGUUUAAUUCCAAUUUCUAGUCAUAGAAACUAGCUAACUAACGUUAUGGACUGGGGAUUGGCGCUCGAGGAGGACAUGGCGCGCGAAACCUCCGCCACGGGAAACCCUGAGCAGCAAUACAACCCCUGGUCCAACCAGUCCAACCCAUGGUCAGAUCCAGGCUGCACCUCGGGAUCUAUAGGGGAGCUGGAAAAGCUGGCCUCAGGGGAUGGACAUCAUGGCACUCACUCGAAGAAGCAAGGCGUCCAGACAGAUGCGUGGACAGCAGACAAAGAUGUUAACACAGAUCAGGAUUGGGAGUCACUGAUGCGGUCAGUGGAUGAGUACAGCACUCACCUGGCCCUGCAAUAUGAGGAGCUGAUGAAGCAGCAGCAGGAGGAGGAGGCUGAUCAUGGCAACCUCGUAGACAGCCUGGUUCAGAAAAAAGAUGAGGGGAUCCACCAGCAGCAGAUGCUGCUGGACAAAAUCGAGUCUCUGCGUGUGAAGCUUCAGCUGAACUGCUGCAAGACCACCCGCAAGAACUUUGCAGUCAAGAAGCAAGACCUCAGCGCGGAGAAAAUCAAAAUGGAGGAGGAGAGGAACAGACUGUCUCAGGAGCUGAAGGAGACCACCAGGAAGCUGGCUUUGCUGAUAGAGGAGCAGAACCUGGAAAAGCUUAUGUGGGAGCGGGAGCUAGCAGACUUGAACACUGAGAUGGAGCGGCUACAGAAAGAGUCAGAGGAGGCCACCCAGACAGCUCUACGGGAUGAGAUUGCAGCUCUGGAAAUGCAGAGAGAUGUGACCAUGUCUGAGGUGGACGACUGGCUGAAAGAGGCUGACCAAUACAUCAACACACUUAGAUUUGACCCCUCUCAGCAGCACAUGCAACAAAGACUGGAGUGGGAGAACAAUGUGGCUGUUGUUCACAGCAGUUUGGUGGGACUGCAGAAUCAGUUCAAGGAGCACCUUCACCUGCUGCAAAAGGGCCAACCGAUGGAAAGCCUCCCUGGAGUCACAUUACCACACUUACCCCAAGUCCCCACGGUGGACUUGGUGAUGAGUACGAUGAUGUACGCUCCACCCCUCCCCCCUUUUCAAAAUUUCCAGAUGGGCCCUCCUAACGCCGUGGGGAUGCCCUUCCAACCCCAGCAGCACCACCCAGCUGCCUUCAUAGCCCCAGCCAGAUUAACUCCCCCACCUGUCCCCUCUACUCACCCUACCUCCGCUCUACCGCUCCACCCAGCCACCCCACCUGUUUCCCUGCCCACCACCGUGGCCUCCGCCCAGCCCCUGCCUUUCAGUAACCCUCCUGCUGCUGGCAAACUGGACAACCUGCUGAAGAGACUGGGGGACACAUUUCCACAGUGCAACAGAACUCAACUCAUGUCAGUGCUGCAGCAGAUUAAGAAUUCCCGUGGCACCAUGGCUGGCAUGUCUAUGGAUGAGGUCACACAGCAGGUGGCACAGAGACUGGCACAGAGUGAGAAACCGGCUCCAGGGCCCAUCAGGCCUCUUUCUGCUGCCAGGGGCAUUCCUGGUCUUCCAGGCCCAAUCCAUCGUCCUCCAGGUCCAAUCCAGAGGCCUCCUGGCCCCAUCCAGAGACCCACAAAUCCCUCUCAGAGACCUGCAGUAACUCAAGUCUUCCAGACAAGGCCCCCACAGCCUGUGGCUCCCAGUAAUCGUAAACUGUGCUUGAUGUGCCAGAACCAUGUGGAAGUAGACAGCCAGCACCCCAUGAGCUGCGCCCACACUGUUCAUAAGGAUUGCAUCAGUGUAUGGCUACAGUCCAGCAAGAACAACACCUGCCCCUUCUGCCCAGCCAAGUGAAAGGAGUAGCAAAAAAAGACCGAAGGAGAAGACAUGAAGGGAAAGAGGAGCUGAACACUGAUAGUGUUCUGUUCAGCGUCACAGAAUGGAAGAAAGAGAUGGUGGAAUAUGAUUCACAUCAACUAUAUACACAGAGCAGACAUGGUGACGUAUUACUAUUCCCCUACAGUGCAUUCAGAAAGUAUUCAGAUCCCUUGACUUUUUCAACAUUUUGUUACGUUACAGCCCUAUGCUAAAAUAGAUUCAAUUAAACAAGUUUCCUCAUCAAUUGACACACACCAUGAUGACAAAGUGAAAACAGGUUAUUUAAGUAUUCAGACCCUUUGCUAUGAGACUCGAAAUUGAGCUCAGGUGCAUCCUGUUUCCAUUGAUCAUCCUUAAAAUGUUUCUACAACGUGAUUGAAGUC